ACAGCAAUUUCUUUUGCAUUGCUUUCUUCUAUUUGCUCUAAUUCUAUGGCUCCGGUGCGUGUUCCUUUUAUUUUGAAAUCAGGAAGUACUUGUUUUGCAGGGUAUCCACGUCCUAUGCAGAGCGAUGUCCGGCAUGCUAGUGGGAAUGAUUAUGACACGGAAACGUUAACGUCGGUCAGACGCUCGGUGGUUUAGCGCCUGCUCGUGCUAAUGCUAACGCUAACAUGGAGCAGAAGGUUCUGCAGUACGAAAGCUUCAUCAACGACGUGCUGAAGAGAGAUUUACAGAAGGUGUUGGAGCAGAGAGAUUCAGUCUAUGACAAGAUCUCUCAGUACCUGCAGCUGAAGAGCACCAUCCAGAGUCUGCAGGAGUCGGGCUCUCAGCAGCUGAAGACAGAUGUGGAUCUGGGCUGUAACUUCUACGUCCAGGCUGAAGUUGAGGACUCGUCCAGGAUCUUUGUAGCAGUCGGUUUCGGUUUCUUCGUGGAGAUGAACCACGACGAAGCUCUGCGAUUCAUCGACAAGAAGACAAGUCAGCUCACAGCCUUCACGGAGCAGCUGACCAAAGACUCGGCUAAGAUUAAAGCCAACAUCCGCAUGGUGCUGGAGGGUCUGCGGGAGCUGCAGGGACUGACAGAACUGCCAGAGAGCAGAAGAAGAGAAGUCGCCCUGUCUUUCCCACAUGUUGGACAACCAGAGGACAGUUCGGUUCAAUGAUGUCUUUACAAUAUGGACAUUUAAUAGAACGGGGCUAACAGAAUGAAGCUCCACUCACCGUGUCUGUAGUUAUUACUGACACUGUGAGGAACAGAUUGAAACUGAGCUGAAGGCUGAUUUGUUUUCCUUUUGUGGUGGCAUGUCCCUUUAUUGAAGUCCUCCUCUUCUUCAGAGUCCCGGAUGAGACUGGAAACGGGGAAACUGUUAGCGUAACUUCAGUGAAACUAUGUGCAAGCUGUGGAGGUUGACAUGGCUUCAUGCAGGCUGUGAUAUUUGAGCGGUUCCCAACCUUUUUGUUCAUCAAAAUAACACUUGUUGAAGCAGUUGUGAGAAUUUGAGUUCAGUUGGCCUUUAGUGUGGUUUCACUUUUAAUUUGCUCUGUAGAUGUGGACAGAACUGUU